CUGGGCCCAUAAUUCUCUUCAGGGUCUCCACGCUCGUUAUGUUCACAUAAUAAACGCCCAUGAAAAUCACAUCACCUACCUUUUUGCCUCCCUCUUCAUUCAAAACUCAAGACCCGCUCCUUUUCCAACCACUCCUCUCUCUCUCUCUCUCUCUACUUCCCUACUCUCCUCUUUCAAAAUUAACCACUUCCCAUCAUAACAUAACCUCAAACUCAAAACCCAUCACCACUUUUUACCCCUCUCUCAAUGAAGAUCUCCUCUUCCUCCUCUCCUUUUGAUCUGAGCUCGAAUGAAGCUACUUCAGGUUGCCUCUCAGGCCUCCUCCGUCGACUCCGCUGCAAAAAUUUCCGACACUCGUCAUUGUAUGUUGAAAGUUUUGAUGCUGAUGUUAAAGAAGAGCAGAAGAAACCGCCACAGAGCCCGUGCUUGGUUGCGAGGCUAAUGGGCUUGGAUACGAUGCCGGUGCAUCCUUACACUCCUACGGAGAGCAUUUCGAGGAGCAGAUCGACGAAUUCUGUUGACGGGUUUAAUGGGUUUUUGUCCGGCAAGAGAAAUUGGAUGACUAACCAUAGGACUAGCCAAUCUUUUCGCGAGGAGCCGACUUUCUUGAGGAAGGAGAACGAGGAUUUCUUGGUGCUUAGCUUUGUUCCUGAUGAGAAAUCGAAGAUUGAUUGUGGAGAAUUGAAGGACAUGAAGAGUGUGAAAGUUGUAGAAAAGAAGGGUAGAAAGGGAAUUGAGGGCAAAGAGAGUGUCAUGGAGAAGAGACAGAGUCAGUGUGAAGUUUCGAAGUCGAAGACAGUUCAGAAGAAGGAUCUGUGCAGAAAAAAUCAGCUAGGAGCAAAUAACGAGAGAUUUCAUAAAGCUAUCAAGCAAAGAGAAGAACCAAGGAGAUCAAAUUCAAAGAAGAAGAGGGCAGACUCUGCAGCUAAGAAGCUAGAAACAGAAUGCAGCUCUGAAGACUCAAGCCCGGUAUCAGUUUUAGAUCGCAACGCUGAUAUCGACAGCGAGUAUGUAAUCGACCCAAAUUUUCCAAUUUCAGAAGAAGAAAAUAAGCCAAAGGAAGAGAAACCAAGAAGAAAGCUCUCAUCCGAGCUCAAUAAAGCUGAGCUCAUCAGAAACUCCAAUAAAGAAGGACUAAAGAUUGACAAUGUUGAAAUCAAGAGGAGAAAGAGUUCAGAGAAAAAAGAAGGCGGGUCUUCAGAUAUAUGGGCCCAAGCAUGUCAGUUGGCAGCAGAUGAUGUGAAGAAGUCCAGUUGGGACUUCAGAGAAAUUUGGAGAUCAGAAAAUAAUGGGGAGAUUGCAGCAGAAAUUGGGAUAGAAAUUAUAGAUAUAAUACUUAAUGAAGUAUUAACAGAGUUGUCUAUUUGUAGCAUCACAAUCUGAAAUUGUAAAUAAUCUCUUUCUUAUAUCUCUCAUCUGUAAUUUUCUUUGAUAUAAAGCUAUGAUAUAAGUUCUGUAGCCAAGGGAGCAUUCAGACUUUCGGUUGAUAAUAUUCAUGAAAUGUUCCAGAAACAAGGCAAUAUAAAAAUGUUGUUCUUCAAAAGGUCAAGAGUUA